AUGAUUUUUGAUUUAACAAUAAAACAAGAAAAGACACGACUUGUGCAUUCAAAUGAUGUUGUUGGUCAUCAUGAUGUUGUUAUUAAUCGUGAUGAUAUUGUUAUUAGUCGUGAUGAUAAUCAAUCAUAUUCAAAUGGUUAUCUUGAUCAAAUUGAACAAAAUAUUUCUGAAUAUAAUGUACCACACUCAGAUAUUGAUGCUUAUAAUUCUUUUUAUUUGUCCGAAGAUACUGAAGAUACAAAUGCCAGUGAUAAUUAUUCUUAUGAUUCAUCAGUUGAAAAUACCAAUGAAGAAAGUGAAAUUGAUCGGUUUUGUUUAGAUUUAAUACAUUUUAUUCGAUCAUCAAAUUUAAAUAAAACAAAUACAAAUAAUUUAUUGACACUUAUCGAUAAUAUUAGUUCGAAUAAAAGUUUACCUCAAACGGAAAAACAAUUAUGGAAACAACUCAAUAUUAAAUUUGAUGAUAAAACAAUUAUUUAUUGUACUAAUUGCUUGAAGAAGCUGGUAAAAUUUAAUGAUUGUUGUGAUUCGUGUGCUAAUGUUCAUUUAUAUAUUAACUCUGAACUGAUUAUUUUCUUGAUGGAGAAGGAAAUCAGUCAAAUUAUUCAAAUGAAUACAGAUUUCAUCAAAGGAUAUCAUCCACAUCACGCUUCUGAUGUAAUUUAUGGAGAUUUUUAUCAAAGUAAACCAAGAAAAAAUCCUAUAACACUUAUACUUUCUACCGAUGAGAAACCAGCCACCAAGAACAGUCGUAGCUCCAUGUGGCCAGUUAUUGCAACUAUUGCUGAACUUCCAUUGCCUAUUAGAGAAUUUAAAGAAAAUGUUGUUUUAUUAGGACUAUGGCAUUCACCGAAGAGUCCACCUGUUGAUAUCCUUUUAGGAGACAUUAAAUAA